UACCUAGCAUACAGCGGUGUUACUCACUAUAAUAACAUUCAUGCCACAUCCAACAUGGCGGACGAAGUGAUCAAUAUUUUUUCUCAAUGAUGAUAUUACGAAAAUACAUCGAAGGAAAAUACUGAUUAUUAGGAAAUAUAGCGGAGAUAUCAGUUCAUGUGGCGGGCUUGUAUAUUUGUUGGCUUCUUCGUGAUCUACUUUCCAGGUAACCAAGGCAUUAUCCAUCCUAUGUGGACAUCCAGAUAUAUCAGAUCCAUGGCAGCUAGAACACUCCUUUCUCAUCUGGCUGAGGCUCAGAAUAAUCGCACCAACGAGAUUGACCUUACUGAAUGGUAUUAUGAUGAUAUUCGGUCAUUACCUGAGGAUCUCCAUGCAAAGUUUAUCCAAAGUGAUCUUGAUGAAGAAACAAGAGAAUUUCUCCAGAAUUCCUGUGACAAGUCUGAUGCUGUUUUUACUCAGUUUGGUCAUAUGUUGUUCAAAGGAUUAACUGGUUUAUUCAUGUCUGUUACUACCAUGAAUGGAAUCCUCAAUAGAGGCUCCAUGUUUGUAUUUUCUAAUGCACAAUUCAGAACUCUUCUGGGAAUGGAUGUUAAUGAUAAGAGAAAAAGACUUCUUGACCUUGGGGCUGGGGAUGGAAAGGUCACUGAAAUGAUGGCACCUUACUUUGAGGAAGUUUACACCACAGAACAAUCACCUGCCAUGAGAUGGAGGUUACACUGGAAAGGAUACAAAGUAUUGGAGAUAGAUAAGUGGUCCAACGUAGAUGAUCCAUAUGACGUCAUUAGUUGCCUUAAUCUUCUAGACAGAUGUGACAAGCCCUUGUCUAUUUUGAGAGAUGCAAAGAAUGCAUUAAAGCCUAGUACUGGAAGACUUGUGAUAGCUGUCGUGUUACCAUUUAGUCCAUGUGUGGAGUCAGGAAGAAGUCUAGUUACUCCAACAGAACAGAUAACACUGUCUGGAAAAACCUGGGGUGAGCAAGUUGCAAGUUUAGUCCAAGAUGUCUUCACUCCUGCAGGAUUUGCUGUGGAAUGCUUUAGUAAAGUACCUUAUUUAUGUGAGGGAGAUUUGUAUGAAAACUUCUAUGUCUUGAGUGAUGCAGUUUUUGUGCUAAAGCCUGCGGACUGACCCAACAGUGGGUUAAUUGAUUGCAAAAAAAAGGUACUUCUUCUCGAUGCACAAGAUUUCGACAGUCCUUCAAGCUUUCAUCAAGACUAUCAUGAAGGAGUCACAUGAUGGAAUUACCUGAUCCUGGUCAUACGACGGGUGAAUAAGGCUAUCCAACACAUGCCAUAAAUGUUAUCCAGUUGAGAAAUUAUUUGUUGGAUAACAGCAUCGACUUAUCCACUGUAUAAGGAUCACCGGUUUAUACCAACUGUUCUUAUAUCCAGCUGAUUGGUUUUUUAUCAGGAUAAAUAAAGAUGAUAUUAUUAUGUAAUAUGAUACAGUAUGAGUGGCCAUGUUGUAUCAGAUAUACAAACUCGAGGCAUAGCCAAGAGUUUGUAUAUCAGAUACAACACAGACACGAAUACUGUAGAUUGCU